GACACUCCGUUUGAAAGAAAUCACAUAUACAAAGAGAUCAUUUCAAGAUGAACUUCCUUGGGGGACUUAGAACACCAUUCUCGUCCGGAUUAAAUUCCGUACAAUCCAUUAUAAAUACCAGACAACUCAGUUCAUCAUUACCUUCAUUGAGUAGACACACUCCAGACAAGUACUGGAAGAUUACCAGAUAUGUAAAACCUAUAAACGAAACCGUAUACGAAGCCGGCCAAGAAAUGCCUUGUGGAGUUAAAGUUCCAAAGGAAAGAUCAGCUUACCCUCAAUAUGAAUAUGAAACCUUAUAUUUCAAAAGACAAAACAGAGGGUUAUACGGUGGUCUUCAACGUAGAGUUACUGCAUCUCGUUCCGAAUAUCUUAACAAGACCUUGAGAGUUCAAUUACCUAAUAUUAGAAAGACUAAGUUAUGGUCGGAAGCAUUGCAAAAAUCCAUCAAGACAAAAGCAAGUACCAAGGUCUUGAAGACUAUUACUAGAGAAGGUGGAUUAGAUAAAUACUUGACCAAGGAGAAACCAGCCAGAGUCAAGACUUUAGGAUUGAAAGGUUGGCAAUUAAGAUACGAUGUCUUGAAGGCCCUCGAAGACAAAGAGCUUCCAGUAGUACGUAAAGACGACAAGACAAUCAGAGUAAAAUACAUUCACCCAGACGGAAAGCAAUUCAUUGCUAGUAAGGAAGAAUUAUUAGCACAAUUGCAUGCUCAUGUUCAAAACGACAGUUAUUAUCCUAUCGAAUGGGCUAAAUACCAAAAGGAAAAUGUGCAUUUAUCAUUUGGAGAUAUCGUGGAACAGUUAGAAGGGUACAACUUCGACUUUAGCCAAGUUACUGCCAAAUAAGUUUAAUGAUCCUGUAAAUAGACAUCAUGAAUAUAAUAAUUUAUCAAAUAGCAUAUCGUUAGCA